AUGUGGUUGAAAGACGAUAACAUCCUCGAGCUUCUAAAGGAGUGGUGGAAUGCAACCAAGGUCUCUAGGUCUGGGAUCUUUAAGAUUGUUAACAAACUUAAGAUUAUUAAGCAGAAUCUCAUUCAUUGGAAUAAAGAACACUUUGGCAAUAUUUUUGACAAUAAAGCCCAAGUGGAAGCUGAUUUGGUAGAAGUUAAUGAGAAAGUGAUGAGACAUGGGAUUGAUGAGGCUGUGUUUCUCAGAGAAAAGAAACUCCUUACCGAUCAUGAAUCUAUUCUUGCCAAAGAAGAAGUCUUCUGGAAACAAAAAUCUAGAGAGACGUGGCUGGAGGAGGGUGAUAAGAACACCAAAUUCUUCCACAAUAGUGUGAGGAUGAGAAGAGUCAUAAAUCAUAUCUCCAAGAUUAAUUUAAGUGAUGGCUCUGAGGUGGCUAAUCCUAAAUCCAUUGCGACAGAGGCUGUAGAUAUCUUUUCUCUUAUCCUUAAUUUUGACUGGAGCCCUCAUGGCUCUAUCCAGGACAAGUUUAUAAGGUGUAUCCCAAAGCUUCUAAGUAAGGGCCAAACUAAUUCUCUUACUGCUAAAUUUUCUUUAGCAGAAGUAGAAGCAACCCUUAUGCAGAUGAGUCCAGAUAAAUCCCCUGGGUCAGAUGGCUUUCUGACUAGCUUCUUUAAAAAAUGUUGGCCCUUCUUAGGUGUGGAAGUAACGACAGCUCUGGAAGGAAUGAGGAACUUAGGUAGUAUCCUCAAAGAAAUUAACAAUACUUUUCUGGCCCUUAUCCCUAAAAAGGAUAAACCUGAGCAUUUUGAUGAGUUUGGAUCCAUUGCCUUGUGCAAUACCAUCUAUAAACUUUUUUCUAAAACUCUAGCUAAUAGGAUUUAG